GUUAUCUAUGGUUAUCUGUUGAUAACCUAUAAAACAAAAAUAAUUAUAUGAAAAAUAACAUUUUCCAAUAAUAAUAAAAAAUAAUAAGUCUUCUAUAGAAAAAUACCGCAUAUCAAAAAUCAUUCAUUAAUUUAUUUUUUUGUAUUAAUUUCGGUAUGUAUUCAACCGUUUUCAGAUUGUGUAGAACCGGCUUCUCAACUCUAACAGAAUUUGAAUAUUUAAAAAAUGUUAGCCCUAAAUUUAGAAGUUACGCAACAGUGAAAAGAUUUUACAAACAAACCAAUGUUUUGAAGAAUAAUGAGAAAUAUGAAAUUAUACUUGAUCAAAGAAAAUUGAAGACUCCUAAAGGAAAUAUUUUUUCAGUUGAAUCUGAACCUCUGGCAUUAGCAGUAGCUACUGAAUGGGAUUCUCAGAAAGAGAAAAUUUCGAGAAGUCAGAUGCACAUUACCACAUUAUGUAACACAGUGAUUGACAAUCCAAAUAAUUAUUCAAAAUAUGAUUUAGCUAACUAUGUAUCAAAUUAUUUGGAUACAGACACCAUUCUUUUCCAAACAAAGGAUGAUGAGGAAUUGUAUAAAUUUCAAAAAAAUGAAUGGGAUCCUGUGAUCCAAUGGUUCAAUAAAAAAUAUGGAACAAAUAUUCAGAAAUCUGUUGUGAUGGAUGGUCCAGAAGUUUCUCAAAAAGAUAAGGAAAAUAUUAACAGACAUUUACUAUCUUAUAAUUUUGAGUCAGUCUAUGGUUUUGUUUAUGCAGUCGAUACACUUAAAUCAGUUAUAUUAACAUUAGCAUGUGUUGAUCGAUUUGUAAGUGUGGAAAAAGCUGUUUUAUUGUCUAGAUUGGAAGAAGAAUACCAAUUGGGACAUUGGGGAAGAGUUGAAUGGUCACAUGAUUUGAGUCAGCACGAUUUGCAAGCUAGAUUAGCUGCAGUAGUUCUUUUUAUUCACUGCAAUAACCAAAUGUCUAAAAUAAAAUCAAAACAAAUGAAGUAAAAAUUUU